CCAGCUCUACAAAUCAAUUGAAGGCUGAAUUUCCCUUUAUGGCAAGGGGCAUCGGAUGUGCCCGAAUCAAUAAGACAGUUCCCGCUCCCCACUUGGGCAGUGAGCUGUGGAUCAUUACCAGAUGGAUGGAAAACCAAAAAAUGAAACCAUUUAGAUGCUUUCAGGACGAUUAUCCACCAGAUAUACCUGUAGCCACCCAUCAAAGCGGUUUUCUGGGCACUGACAAUGGCACCUUUGCAGUGCAUUUGAUUUGUUUAGACGGAGUUUCCUCGGAACAAAAAGACGACAAACAUUAUUAUUUGGUUCAAACAUACUCAACAAAGAAAAAGCCUGCACAGUCCACUAUGGAUGCGAUAAGGAAGAUCCACGAGGCUCACGGUCUACCAAUAAAAUGGCUAAGAGGCUGCAAUUAAAAGUAAA